GUUUGUGUACAAGUUCGAACUGGUUGUUCCCGCGCACAAAACUAACGUCGUUUGUCUCAUGAGGUAUUUGAUCAGUGUAUAACAAUUUAAGACGCGGCAUAACAGCUCGUAAUAUUGCCCAAAAAUACAAUAAAAUUCAUUUCUGAUUCGCUCAGAAGCGUUUCAACAGUUGUCGAGUGCAUUGUAGUAGGAUGCUCAGUGUCGAGUCCUUGUGAAUUCAGAGGUUAAGCACCAUUCAAGACUAUAGAUUUUCCCUCUAAUGACACGAUGUCAUUCAACAAAGCUGUUCCCAUCGUUUACCUAACGUCCGACGACGAUUCCUCGUGCGACGAUGAAUUUGGCAAAAACAAAAGAUCUCAAGAUGCCAAAGACAAUGUGCCAUUGGCGGAUCGACUCUCGAAGGAGAAAAAAUUCAGCGAUAAAAACGUUCCUUUUUCAAAGGAUUGCACACCAGUUACUUACCUCACGUCGGACGAAGACUCUUCUUUUGAAGAAUUCGCAAGUGGCAAACGGUCUCGUGUCUCACAAGACGAUAAACCACUGUCGAAACGUAUGGCAGCGAAUAAAAAAUCCCUGAGGGGGGGCGGCGCUUCCUCAAAAACUUCCGAUAAAGAUUCUCUAGCCGAUAAUGACUUUAACAGACGACAAAGAGACAAUUGGCACGGCGUACAGGACAUUAGAGACUCGGAAGAACCUGAGGAACCACAAGUCAAAAUUCAGCACCAAUUUGAAAUUGAGGGUAUCAAAGUAGAAAUGCCUGUUAAACCUUACCCGUGUCAAAAAGCUGUGAUUUCUGCGAUAAUAAAAGGCUGUCAGACGGAGCAACACUGUUUAUUAGAGAGUCCAACAGGGAGUGGAAAAACUUUAGCUCUCCUCUGCGGAGCUCUCGCUUGGCAGACUGACUUUGCGAAAGCCAUGGAACAAAAAGCUAAACAAAAAGACGUUGGCAGAGGACCAACAACCGAUAGCCGAGCCUCGUGCAAAGAAAGCUGCGCAGAAGAAGCUGCAUCGUGGCAAGCCAACGAUGAUUUUGACCUCGAUGGACUCGAUUGGUCCGACGACAGUUUCGGCGAAGAAUGCAUGAAAAAGGUUCCCACGAUAUACUACGGUUCUCGAACGCACAAGCAAAUCGAGCAGGUCGUGAAGGAGCUGCGAAAAACGUCUUACGCCACCAAGAAAAUGACUAUACUGAGCAGCAGAGAGCAUACGUGCAUCCAGGAAAGUGACAGGGACAAAACUUCGCUGUGUAACGAUCUGCUUGACCCAAAAAAGAAAUUUGGUUGCCCGUAUUAUACGGAAAAUAAUAAACAGACCCUCGGCACAAACUAUGCUCUCCACGCACACGGAAUCGAGAGUCCGUGGGACAUUGAAGAUUUGGUAGAAGCUGGUAGAGAAGCAAAAGCUUGUCCAUACUUUGCUGCGAGGAGCCUCAUGGCCGAAGCCGACAUUGUUUUUUGCCCUUAUAACUACAUAAUCGAUCCUGUGAUUCGUGAAAAUAUGCAAAUCGAUCUCAAGGGCAGCAUUGUCAUAUUGGACGAAGCCCACAAUAUCGAAAAUAUAUGUCGCGAUUGUGGCAGCGCGAUUCUGUCAACCGAAGAACUCGAAAAAAUCAUAAAAGAAUGUGAAACUAUCAUCCAAAUAGCCACCAUCAAUAAAGACACCAAUCAAAUUGGCUACGUCAGUGUCAUCAGCCAAUUCGUACAAAAUCUUCUUCGGUUCGUCAACACAACGCAGCUCAAGCCACAGAUCAAAAGUGAUUCGUUGCACAGUGAUAUGUGGACAGGCAACGAUUUCAUCCAAGUCCUCGAAAUAACUAAAUCGAUAACUUCUCAUCAAAUAAACAAUUUUACAAGCGCUGCUCUUCAAGCUACACUCGCGCAUAACACGGCAAAAGAACUCAUGCGAACUGGAAAACCGAUUCCACUCACUCUUCACCACGAUGUUUUAAGAUCUGUCGAAAAAAUGAGCAUGGCUUUCAAAAUGGUCUCAGACCCCCAGUACAGGAACGAUUAUAGAGUCGUUAUUCGCCAAGUUCCUCAAGGGUAUAAAAUAGAAAAAUCAGUGGAAUUCAUGUGCAUGAAUCCCGGAGUAAUAUUUACGCCCAUUUCCUACUUGACGAGAACUUCUGUCUUGGCUUCUGGCACUCUCGCACCUACGAGCUCGUACCAAGGCGAGUUAGGUGUCAAAUUCGCCUUCACGAUACAAGCGGAUCACGUUACGCCUCCUGAACAAGUGUUCAUCAAGUGUAUUUCCAAAGGACCUGCGGGCAAGUCCCUACGAGCUACUUAUCAGAAUGUUAAUACAUGGGAUUUUCAGGACGACUUGGGUGCACUUCUUCUGAUAACUUGUGAAGCCAUGCCUCACGGGAUACUUAUGUUCUUUUCAUCGUACACGACAAUGGGAACUUUAGUGAAUAGAUGGAAGAAAAACGGUACUUGGAACAAAUUGGCUCGAAUAAAAACAAUUUUUCAAGAAACACGAGGUUCUGCCGAUCUGUCGACGAUGAUGGAGAAUUAUCGCGAAGUUAUUCGGACUACUAGUAACGGACCAGUCGGGACGGUCACCGGGGCCUUGUUGCUUGCUGUUUUUCGUGGAAAAGUCGCCGAAGGAAUUGACUUCAGCGAUAACGAGGCUCGUUGUGUCUUGACGGUUGGUAUACCGUAUUCUGUCAGAAACGAUCCGGCAACCGAUAUGAAGUUUCAAUACAAUGAUCAGAAUCGUCAAAAGGGUUUAUUGUCAGGCAACGAAUGGUAUACAAUUCAAGCUUUCAGAGCACUGAAUCAAGCGCUCGGACGUGCCAUAAGGCAUCAGAACGACUGGGGAGCGAUUAUUUUGAUCGACGAACGAUUCUGCGAGCCUCGGAACGUGAAUUUGUUACCAACGUGGGUACGAACAAUGUGGAUGAAACAAAGUGAAGUGAACACGGAUUUACGUCAAUUGCUCAAAUGCUUCGUUGCGAAGCAAAUAAAACGUGAAAGAGGGAAAUUGAGGAUGACUCAAUCUUCCGCUUAAAAGAACAAAGUUGUUGCUGAAAAACAAAAAAUCGUUAAAAAAUCAAAAUUAUUUACUUCAGAUUUAAGCUCUAUUAUUAAGCUAAUACAAAAAUAGUUCUUACAGUCGUUACAAACUAAAAAAAAAAAACGUGUCUACUGUCAGGGUUAAAUGUUUUCUUUCUUUUAUAAAUCGUUUGUAUCUCGUUUUUCCAGAAGUCUCAGUUGUUUUUUCUUCAUUCUCUUGAUCUUGGCUGUAUUUUUUAUCUGUAAGCAGAGAAAUGCAAUGAAUAAAAAUGUAUGACAGCAUUAUUAUUAAAAAAAA